AUACAAAGUGUCGCGACGUACCAAAAGUGUUAUGGAUUACUAAUGCGCAAGUGAAAAAAGUAACACGUUUUCUGUUUCGUUUUGAGAUGUACGCAACCAAUCCACGACGAGUGUGCAAUAAUAAUUUAUCUGAACAACAACAAGUUAAACUACAGAAGAUCAGAGAGCUGACGAGAAUUCUAAAGGAUACAGAUAAAAAUCUGACCGUUUGCGAAGAAAUAUUGGCAACUUAUAUAAGGAAACGACUAAGGGAUAAGCGGCAAGAAAUGCAAAGACGCAGUGAAUUGGAACACAAAAUGACGGAAAUUCUCGAAAAUUUGAAAACCCGGCUGCUGGUCGAGUAAUUCUUGUCAAGAUGUAUACUUAUACGUUUUCUGAUUUAUUUUUGUAACAACUAAUGAGUUUAUUGCAUGAAUAUAUUAUUGACAUUAAGUACCUAAAUUAUUAAUACUAAAUUACCGAGUUAGCAACGUGCUAUAAGAAAUACGUAAUACGUACAAAGAUAAA